ACUAGUGGUCGAUGAGCUGUGGCCGUAAAAUAUUACUAAAGUACAGUGUUGUAUUUGUAAUCGAUCUAACUUUAAUAUCAGUGCAUUGAAUAUAUAAUGAGCAAUUACAUGUCAUCAGUAUUGCUUUACGUUGGAUGUAUAUUAUCUACACACAUCCAAUGCUUUGGAGUUAGCAGCAUCGCAUGGCUCGGUAUACGGCUGAACGUCACGCCUGAACGCCUGGAUGAAGGCGUCACGCCUGAACGCCUGGAUGAAGGCGUCACGCCUGAACGCCUGGAUGAAGGCGUCACGCCUGAACGCCUGGUUGAAGGCGUCACGCCUGAACGCCUUGAUGAAGGCGUCACACCUGAACGCCUGGAUGAAGGGGUCACGCCUGAACGCCUGGAUGAAGGCGUCAUACCUGAACGCCUUGAAGAAGGCGUCACACCUGAACGCCUUGAUGAAGGCGUCACACCUGAACGCCUGGAAGAAGGCGUCACGCCUGAACGCCUGGAUGAAGGCGUCACACCUGAACGCCUGGAUGAAGGCGUCAUACCUGAACGCCUUGAUGAAGGCGUCACACCUGAACGCCUGGAUGAAGGCGUCACACCUGAACGCCUAGAUAAAGGCGUCACACCUGAACGCCUAGAUAAAGGCGUCACACCUGAACGUCUGGAUGAAGGCGUCAAGCCUGAACGUCUGGAUGAAGGCGUCACACCUGAACGCCUGGAUGAAGGCGUCACGCCUGAACGCCGCGUGAAUUCUCUACACAGAAAAUAAUGAGUAUUGUACAGGAUUGUGUAUGCGGGGAUGGCACAUAGAUUUACUUCACUGUGUACUAUUACGGUAAGAAAAUGCUAGAAUAGAGAAAUCUCUAGGACAAUAGUACAAAAGUUUCGAAGAAGAGUUCAUUUUCACGCUAGCAAUAAAUUCAUUACAAAUAUUACGCAACAUGGUUACUUUUCAUCUCGGGAUGAAGUUCAUCGUAGUUUGCUUGCAAUACAAUUUAUUUUUAAUCAGGUCGCAAUUCUGCCGGCAUCUCGCGGUCGUGAAACUAAUACAUAUAAGAAUUUGCGCUUCUCAAUUUGAUGUCAUACAUUCUACGAGUUGGUUUCGGUCGUCUCGAACUAAUUAAGGUCCACAUUUCUCGUGGUCUCUGAGCGUAUUGGUGGGCGAUGUGCUGUCGCUGUUGCUCCUUCCUCACGCGGUAGCGCACUUGCGCUGGCUUACCAACCCUUUUGCGUCCAGCUGUACCUAUUAACCGCCUUUCAAACUGGCGUUUUUUGUUUAUGUAUGAAGCUCAUUCGCCCAAUUGAACAAAUGUGUAGACUUUAAUUAAAGACUGCACUAUGACCGGGUGGAGCUUUUUAUAUGUCGCCUGUCAAAUUUGUCUAUUAAUAAA